AUGGUGGACAUUGAAUCUCAAACUAAUCAUCAAGAAGUGCCUAACAAUGUCUUCCUCAAGAGAAAAACUCCGGUGACUCUCAAGUUUGAAGAUAUUGUGUACAAAAUAAAGAUUGAGAACGGUGGAAUAUUGGAGAAGAAGAAAAAGGCAUCAGAACGCAAAGUGAUAUUGAAUGGAGUAUCGGGAAUUGUUCAACCGGGUGAGAUCCUUGCAAUGUUAGGUCCGUCAGGAAGUGGCAAGACAACACUGCUGACUGCAUUGGGCGGCCGUCUCGGCGGCCGCCUCAAAGGAAAGAUAACAUACAAUGGAGACCCCUUCAGCAAUGCCAUGAAGAGGAACACCGGCUUCGUCACGCAAGACGAUGUCCUACACCCUCAUUUGACAGUAACUGAAACCCUUGUUUUCACCGCUCUCCUCCGCCUACCUAACACGGUAGCCAAGGAGGAGAAGGUGGCAUUGGCAAAAGCCGUCAUGAACCAACUUGGAUUGGUCAAGUGUAAAGACAGUAUUGUCGGAGGCCCCGGCCUACGAGGGGUUUCCGGUGGAGAAAGAAAAAGGGUUAGUGUUGGUCAAGAAUUGCUCAUAAACCCUAGUUUGUUGUUCCUUGAUGAACCAACCUCGGGUUUGGAUUCAACUACCGCAUUAAGACUUGUGUCAACUUUGUUUGAGCUUGCAAGAGGAGGAAGAACUAUUGUGAUGACAAUACACCAACCUUCUAGUAGGUUGUACUAUAUGUUCACUAAGGUGUUGCUCCUUUCAGAAGGGAACACUGUUUAUUUUGGAAAGGGUUCGGAGGCAUUGGAUUAUUUCUCUAGUGUUGGAUUUUCUCCAGCAUUAGCCAUGAACCCUGCUGAUUUCCUUUUGGAUCUUGCUAAUGGGAUAUACACCAACGAAUUGAACGAGGAUGUUGUGGUGGACAAACAACAAUUGAUUCAGGCAUACAAGAGCUGUAACGCUGAUUCCCAAUUGAGGCAAAUGGUUCAAGAAACGAAUAGCAACUCAUCAAGUAGAGUUGAGAACACAGCAGGGUUUGGAAAAUGGCCUACAAAUUGGUGGCAACAAUUCACGGUGUUGUUGAGAAGAGACCUUAAAGAGAGAAAGCACGAAGCAUUCGCUUCCUUCAAUAUUGUUCAGGUCGUCUUGACUUCUUUCAUUGUAGGACUAUUGUGGUACAAGUCUGAUACUGCACACAUGCAAGAUCAGCUUGGACUUCUAUUCUUCUUAUCAAGUUUCUGGGCAUUUUAUCCGCUGUACAGAGCAAUCUUCGUGUUCCCAGAUGAAAGAGUGAUGUUGGAGAAAGAAAGAUCUUCCGGAAUGUACAGACUAUCCUCAUACUUCAUGGCCAAGAUGACCGUAGACCUUCCAAUGGAACUCGUCCUCCCAACCGUUUCCAUUCUCAUAACCUACUGGAUGGCAGCUCUGAAAGCUACCGCCGCCGCCUUUAUUUUCAUGCUGCUCACUAUCCUCACCCUUGUGUUGGUCUCCCAAGGCAUAGGACUCGCUCUCGGCGCCUGUGUCCAGAACACCAAAGUCGCCACCACCUUCGCCUCCGUCAUAGGGCUAACCUUCAUGAUAACAAGUGGAUUCUUUGUCCAGAAUGUUCCCAAAUUCAUAGCAUGGUUGAAGUACCUUUCUUUCAUAUAUUACGCCAACGAACUCGUUAUAUUUUCUCAGUAUCGUGAAGGUGAAACUUACAAAUGUGGUAAGGGUAAGUGCUUGAUUUAUGAGUACCCUGGAAUCAAGGGUUUAGGGUUCGUUAAUAAUAGAGAGAGUCAAUUAAGGGCUUCAUUGAUUUUGCUAGCAAUGCUGUUUUUCUAUAGGUUUGUAGCUUAUGUUGCUCUUAUGAGAAUUGGAGUCACAAAGAAAUCCAAGUCUAGCUAG